GUAAUUCAAAUUGCUUGCAGGAUUGCAAUCAGCACUCUCAAUUGCAAACUCCAAUGGACAUAGAUCCGUCAAUUGCAUCACAGCAUACGAGUGACUCUCCCAUUAUUGAGGCAACAAUCGUUGAUUCGCAAGUUCUAGAGGUGGUAACAAAUACAACAGGCCCAUUAUCAUCACAAGAUAUGAACAGGGGUUCUCCAAUCAUGAACGUACGGAGCAUCUAUGCCAACGAUGAAGAGAUAAGAAACCUGAAAAGAAAAGUGAAAGAACUCGACUACAAAGAAGCGGCCAUAAAUGAGCAGAUGGAGAUAGAGUCUGCUGCUUCCUCAGUUCGGAAGAAGCCGAGGAUAUUGGUUGAGAAAUGGCUGAAAGAGACGGAAAGAGCAAGAAAUAAUUCCCAGAUAAUUGGCCAAACCAAUGCGGAAACUUUGCCUCCAAAGGAACAGGUGGAGACAUUGACGAGAGAAGUGGAAGAGCUCACAGAACAAACGCUUCCGCAGACACUACUCAUAGAGGCGAGAGAUGCCAAAGGAGACGCAUUUUUGGAACGAAAGCUAAUAGGUGAAGCGAGUCAUAGGAACAUUGAGUUGAUUUGGGACCGUUUGAAGGAGAAUCAUGUGUGCAAAUUGGGUAUUUAUGGAAUGGGUGGUGUUGGGAAGACAGCUAUUAUGAUGCACAUACAUAAUAGACUUCUCAAAGAUGCAACAUUCGAUGGUGUGCUUUUUAUCACAGUGUCCCAAGAUUUCAGCAUUUAUAAGUUGCAAAGUGAUAUUUGGAAGGCACUAAAAUUAGGCAUUAUGGAGGAUGAGCAUGAGAAGAAACGAGCAGCGAUGUUGUCGAAGCAUUUAGAAAGGAAGAAGAAUUGUGUAUUGAUUCUUGAUGAUGUGUGGCGGCAUUUUAAACUCCAGGAUGUGGGAAUUCCUGAUAGAGCUGGACUUAAGGUGGUCCUAACAACUCGUCUCUCUGAAGUAUGUUCUCGAAUGGAUUGUGAAGAGAUUAAAAUUCAACCUUUAGGUGAAGAAGAAGCGUGGAAAUUAUUCGUGGAAGAACUUGGGCCUAAACCGCUAACCAAUAUACUGCUAACCGAUAAACGAGUUGAAAAGGUUGCAAGGAAAAUCGCGAAUAGAUGCGCAGGCUUGCCACUUGCAAUUAACACAAUGGCAAGUAGCUUUAGAGGAGAGAAGAAUUUUUGCGUGUGGCAAGACACAUUAAAUAAACUGGACAAAUCCCAUACAAAACACACAGAGAUGGGAGAUAGAGUCUUGCCAGUACUAACACUCAGCUACGAACGCUUGUCAGACCCUCAAGUUAAACAGUGCUUCUUAUUCUGUGCUCUAUUUCCAGAAGGUGAAAGCAUUGAUCAAAUGGAAUUGAUAGAAUAUUUUAUUGACGAGGGAUUCCUUGAUGAAUUGGAUACAAGGGACGCACAAUAUUGCAGGGGUCUUGCCAUAGUGGACAUGCUUCGAAAAGCUUGCUUGGUGGAAGUUGAUUGUGAUGGUGACAUCAGGAUGCAUGAUUUGAUCAGAGAAAUGGCAUUACACAUCAGGGGUACAGCUUAUAUGGUAAAAGCAGGUUGGGGUUUGCGAAGGAUACCGAAUGGGGAGUAUUGGACAGAAGACUUGGAGAAAGUUUCUUUGAUGGGGGGUUGCAUCAAGGACAUUCCACCAGAUAUGUCACCAGACUGUCCUAAACUGUCAACUUUGCUAUUAAAUGAGAGUCUUCAAUUGGAAAACGUACAGCGCAAAGAUUCUUUCUUCAUGAAAUUGCAGGGGUUGAAGGUUCUAAACCUAAGUCAAUGUGCAAUAAGAGAACUUCCAGAUUCCUUGUCCGAAUUGGUAAAUUUGAGAGCAUUAUUGCUUAGAAACUGUAGAUCCUUACUUUGUAUUCCUCAUUUAAGAAAGCUGAAAUUUUUUAGGAAGUUGGACGCCAGGGGAUGUUGGUCUCUGGUAGAGGUUCAGGGUUUGGAAGAGUUGAGGAAUUUGAGAUACCUCGACCUAUCUGAAACUGGAAUUGACAGAUUAUUGGAAGGAACAUUGAGGAGAAUGGUGAACUUGCAAUAUCUUACAAUUGCAGGAACUGUGGAGGCAGAAGAGGUGAUACAAUUGAAGGCAUUGGAGCGUCUAGAGUGCAAGUUUGGCAAUGUUGAUGAUUUCAAUAAAUAUGUGAGGUUUAUAGAACGAAGCGAUCCCCAUCGCGACAGUCUCAGUCUCUUUGUGGAUCAAGAAGAGUCAUUGUGGUUUGUAACUACACAUGUGUAUUCUGAUCCUCGAAAGUCAUUGUGGAUCCAGGAAAGUCAUUAUAAAAGUUACCAAAAUGUUGUGCAAAUGAGAUCUUGCAAUUGCGCUAUGGCGAGAGUAGGAAAGGAAAGCAAUAAUGAUUCUAUAUUGAUUCCGGGAGAUGUGGAGGUUUUUAUGGGGAGUAAUUGCCAUGGUAUGGCAAAUUUGUCCGGCAUGGGCCUACUCCGAUGCCUGAAGGUGCUUCUAAUAUUUAAAUGGGACAAUUUAAUCGUGCUCUUUGGGGGAGAUGGAGUAGAUGAAGAAGUAGUAUGCAACACCCGUGACUUCCCAGCCUUUCUCUUCCCUUCUCUUGAGAUGCUUCAAAUUGAGGGGUGUUCGAAACUGAAGUAUUUGUUUGGGCAUGAGUCUGGAUUCUCCCUUUCACUUGGAGGCCCCGCCUUCCCCAGACUUGAAAAUAUCAGGGUAACGAACUGUGGCAGCAUGAAGAGGCUGGCGGGAUCUGAGUGGUUUCCCCACUUUCCCAAUUUGAGGACGAUUAAGGUAGAAAAUUGUAAUAGCAUCAGGGAGCUGCUAUGGCAUGAAAGUUUGCUCCAUCUUCCAAAUCUCGAACAUAUUAUGGUUAUUGGUUGUGAAGGGAUAGAGGGGAUAAUCAGCAGAAGAGGAGAAAAUCACGGGAGAAGCUCUCCUCUAAACACUCCGUCCUCUUCCUUACCAUCUCCACUUUCUCCUUACUUUCGCAAUUUGAGGACAAUUGAAGUAGGAAAUUGCAAUAACAUCAGGGAGCUGCUGCCGCAUGAAUGUUUUCUCCAUCUUCCAAAUCUCGAAUAUAUCAAGGUUAGUGACUGUGAAAAGAUAGAUGAGAUAAUCGGCAGAGGACGAGAAAAUCACAGGGGAAGCGCUCCUCUGAGCACCCCCUCUUCUUCCUUACUAUCUCCACUUUCUCCCCGCUUUCCUAAUCUGAGGACGAUUGAAGUAAAAAAUUGCAAUAACAUUAGGGAGCUGCUACCGCAUAAUUGUUUGCUCCAUCUUCCAAAUCUCGAAUAUAUCAAGGUUAAUGGCUGUGAAGGGUUAGAGGAGAUAAUCAGCGGAGGAGGAGAAACUCACGGGGAAGGCGCUCCUCUGAAUAGCCUCUCCUCUUCCUCACCAUCUCCGUUUUGUCCCCACUUUCCCAAUCUGAGGACGAUUGAAGUAGAAAAUUGCAAUAACAUCAUGGAGCUGCUACCGCAUGAAUAUUUGCUCCAUCUUCCAAAUCUCGAACAUAUAAAGGUUCGUGACUGUGAAGGGACAGACGAAAUGAUCAGCGGAGGAGGAGAAAAUCACGGCGCAAGCGCUCCUCUGAACACCACUUCCUCUUCCUUACCAUCUCCAUUUUUUCCAAAUAUGAGGAAGAUUGAAGUAAAAAAUUGCAAUAACAUUAGGGAGCUGCUAUCGCCUGAGUGUUUGCCCCAUUUUCCAAAUCUCGAAUGGAUCAUGGUUCAUGACUGUGAAGGGAUAGAGGGGAUAAUUAGCGGAGGAGGAGAAAAUUCUCCGUUUUCUUCCCUAAAGUUGAAGACAUUGGUGCUAUACCAACUUCCACAACUGAAAAGUAUUAUGUGGGAUGCCUUAAGUUUCAUUCCCGAUGCAUUUGUUGUAGUACAAGACUGUCCGAAACUGAAGACCAUUCCGCCCUGUGUUGAGAGGCUUGAUGUGUUCAGGAGAUGCAAAGCCCAUGAAAAUGAUGGGCUCCCCCCAUAAGUUUUAAGAUUGAUGUAUUGUAACAUUAUCGGGUUAUGAAAAAUCUUAUGACUUCUAUCACUAUGGAGUUUGGAGUGAAUAAAUCAAUAAGUUAUGGGUCAACUGGGAUAUAUUAAUUACAUUACAACUCAUCAAUUUGUGAUGUGGGACUUUUCUAUCACAAUUAACACAUGCGUCUCAAUGCACUAUCUGAUCAGGGGCAUCUCCCAAUUAUAAAUUCUGGACCUUGAGGAAAUGUGGGAGACCUUUGGAGUGGGACCAUAUCAUUGAUUGGGCUCUACUGUGACAUUACAGAUUUCUAAGAGCGUACAAUCUGGAAAGGCGCAGUAGGCUGGCGGAGACCCCCGAGUAAGAUGUUCUAAAAUGCCAUCAAGUGCAGGUAACCUGUAUCACUCACUCGCCGGACCUCCGUUCACUUGCAGGUAAAGACUUUUUAAAUUGACCGUCACUUUUAUGAUCUCAUGGGAAAUUGGGUGAGACUGAGCUACUACGCUUGGGGUCCAUUUGUCAGCAUUCUAUUUUCUGUAAGAGCAAUGUAGAUUCACAAGAGCUAGAAUGGUUGGUUGUUUUACAGUGUCAAACUGCCAACUGUUUCUCUUUAGCCAGA